CCUCCUUCAAAUGAAUGGCAUACUCUGUCAACACCAAGAAAAUUAAUUAAUUCAUGCUGUGGAGUCGCGGGGAUCUAACACUCAACACCUAACAAUUGCAAUACCUGGAACUGCUUGUCUCAUCAAUUGUCAUCUAUUACAAAUGUUGGGAGCUUUGUGGGCCAAGAAGCUGUGCCCUUGUUGGUUCAUCCUACGCCGCCUUGAUCCGACGGAAGUGCAGUACCCUUCCGAAUGGAUAUAAGAUCCAAUAUCAUCCAACAUUUCCAAUGAAUUGAACGAUAUAUUGCUAUCAUUUCACAUUUCUCAAGCUCGCAGACCUCAUUUAGGUAUCCAAGAUGACGACCAUAACUGAGCACACAAGUGGCGCUCCUUCACACAAAUUCGAUCCAAACUUCACACAAAAUGUAAUCGACGCAAUGGGACCCAAGACCAGUCCUCGCAUGAGGGAAGUUAUGAGCUGUCUCAUCCGACAUGUUCAUGAUUUUGCGCGAGAAGUGGAACUUACAGUAGAUGAGUGGAUGCAAGGAGUCGAGCUUCUUAAUGAGGCUGGAAGGAUGAGUGACAGUAAGAGAAACGAGGGGCAAUUAGUUUGCGAUGUCAUUGGCCUGGAAUCGUAUGUUUUCAUUCUCCAAGAAGCAUUGAUUUGUACUUCUAACAGUCAUAUAAAUUUUCAGCCUCGUGGAUGAAAUCACAUUCAAGAAAGCUACAGACGCAGUCGAUGCACCUACCGCAAGUGCGAUUCUCGGGCCAUUCUUCCGACAAGAGGCUCCUGUGCUAGAGAACGAAUCUUCGAUAAUUCAAACACCAGUCGAUGAUGGGGAGAUAGUAUAUAUGCAUGGAACUGUCACAGAUCAUAAAACCAGGGAGCCUAUAGCUGGUGCCACAGUGGAUGUGUGGCAGGCGUCCACCAAUGGAUUAUAUGAACAACAAGAUGAUGACCAAGCAGAAAAAAACUUGAGGGGAAAGUUUAGCACUGACGAGAAUGGGCAUUAUGGAUUUUAUUGCUUAAAACCCACUCCAUAUCCUGUGCCUUUUGAUGGUAUGUGAAACGUCACGUUAUUCUAGGGAAACCAAGCUAAAAUCCUUAGGUCCUGCUGGCAAGAUUUUACAGCUAUUAGACAGACAUCCUUUUCGACCUGCGCAUAUCCAUCUCAUCGUAAGCCCUAGCCUUCGUCAAAAAUGCCCCAUUUCCAGACUGAUAUUGAAGCCACAGGUCCAACAUGAUCAUUACAAGCCUCUCACAACCCAGAUCUUUGACUCAAAGGAUGAAUACCUUCAAAAUGAUUCGGUCUUUGCCGUUAAAGAUUCGCUCGUUGUUGAUUUCGUACCUUUGAAGAAUAAUCCCAAGGCAACAUUGGAGCUCAAUUAUCCUGUCAUUCUUGUUCCUCAGAACGGAGCAUAGAAAGUAAUUGCAGUUCGCUAUUGGAAUAUGGGAGUAUCUUGGAUUUCAAGUUUGCCUAUCUUGCAACCAAAUAUUUGGAGAGCUU